CAUUCUCUAUUUCAGGAUAUGCUCUUUGAAAGGGUGUUUUCCCUGUCCCCAGUAAUGCACUUAGUACUACAGCUGCCUUCAUGAAGUACCAGGGCUCUCUGCACCCAGCUGGGGUAGAGCAGGUAGUGAAAGUACAGCUUCCCACCUGUCUGGAAUUAUGGCAAACCUGAAUGUUUUUUCUGCUCAAAGGCCAAAAUGGAUACUGCUGGUCAUAGCCUUGUCCUUUUACAGCAGCUGAACAUGCAGCGAGAAUUUGGUUUUCUGUGUGAUUGCACAGUUGCUAUUGGGGAUGUUUACUUCAAAGCCCAUAGAGCAGUACUUGCUGCUUUUUCUAACUAUUUCAAGAUGAUAUUUAUUCACCAAACAAGUGAAUGCAUAAAAAUACAACCAACUGACAUUCAGCCCGACAUAUUCAGCUAUUUGUUGCAUAUUAUGUACACGGGGAAAGGGCCAAAACAGACUGUGGAUCCUAAUCGUUUAGAGGAAGGGAUUCGAUUUCUUCACGCUGACUAUCUGUCUCACAUUGCGACUGAAAUGAAUCAAGUGUUUUCACCAGAGACUGUGCAGUCCUCAAAUUUGUAUGGCAUUCAGAUCUCAACAGCCCAAAAAACAGCUGUCAAACAAAGUCUGGAGGUCAAAGAAACUCCUUCUACUAGCAGUGGAAACAGAGCUGCUGCCCAAGGUGACCACCCCCAAUUGCAGCUUUCUCUUGCUAUUGGGCUAGAUGAUGGCACUGCGGACCAGCAGAGGGCCCAUCCUGCUGCCCAGGCCUUGGAGGAUCACCGGGAGCCCACAGUGUCCAUCAAGCAGGAGAGGUGUGACCCAGAGCCUGUGACGUCCCAGAGCAACCCCUCACCCUCUUCAGAGGUGACGGACCCCUCUUUUAUAGAAAACAGUAUCAAAAUACACUUGUGCCAUUACUGUGGGGAACGUUUCGAUUGCAGAAGUAACUUAAGACAACAUCUCCAUACACACGUGUCUGGUUCUCUCCCGUUUGGUGUCCCCGCUUCCAUUCUGGAAAGCAGUGACCUUGGGGAAAUCCAUCCACUUCAUGAGAAUAGCGAGGCUCUUGAAUGCCACAGGCUUAACUCCUUCAUUGUCAAGGAGAACGAACAGCAGCCUGACCACUCAAACUGGGGCACCACAGAGGCUUUGCAAAUCAGUCAAGUAUCUCUGAUCUCCAAAGACACAGAACCUGUGGAAUUAAACUGUAACUUUUCCUUUUCAAGGAAAAGAAAAAUCAUUUGUACCAUCUGUGGUCAUAAAUUUCUUCGAAAGAGCCAGUUGCUGGAACACAUGUACACACACAAAGGUGGUAAACCGUACAGAUUCAGCCAGUGCCAAAGGUUUGCUAAUGCACUGGCCCAGAGAUUUCAGCCAUAUUGUGACAACUGGGCUGACAUCCCUGUGAAAAGUUCUCGCUCGUCACAAGAACACCUCGAUUUGCCUUGUGCCUUAGAGUCAGAGCUCACACAAGAAAAUGUGGACACUAUCCUAGUCGAAUAGCAGCAGCUUGUUCGGAACUUUUAUACUAAUCCUAAAAGAAAAUCCCAUGACAUUUCUUAUUCAUAAAAUAUUUUCCUUCUCAAGUUUUAUUGACUUUUAUUAUCAUUUUUUUUUCAUAGUUUUAAGGUUGCACGGAUUAGCUCUUCUUCCUCUGAGACAUGUUAGUUAAUACAGGGCUAUUAAAAUGUAACCUUUAGUUAGCCCUUUAAACUUUUUAUAAAUUCAGUCACAGCUUAAGAAUCAGAGUAGAAAUUUGGAAACUUUGGAGUGAAUCAUAUUUAUAGACUCCCUUAAGUUUUUCCAGGUUGCAGAAUCAGUAAAAUAAUGGAUAUGGAGUAAAUGAAAUCUGUCUUAAAGAAUAUUCUAGGAGCUGGUGAUGUAGUUAAAAGGCAGAGUGCUUACCUAGUGUGCAUGGGAGGCAUGGUUCAAACCCCAGCACCCAAAAAAAGAAAUUCUAAACCAUCAGUCUUGGCUCAUGUUUCCUGUGAGUUAAGUCCCUGUGAGGAUUGUUUAAAAAUAUUUUCUGUCACAUAGGAAAUUAGUAGUUAUUUUAAUGCAUAAUUAUAUAUUGUAAUAUGUAAAAAAUUUGGAUUUCUUUGUGUGGUACUGAGCAUUGAACCUAGAGGUACUCUACCACUGUGCUACAUCCCUGGCACUUUUAAUUUUUUUCAUAUUAAGUCAGCAUCUUGUUAUGUCCAGGU